AUGUUGCUUUCAAAGUUUAAAAUUUUCAAUAUUUCAAUUAUAGGAGGAGGAGGAGGACACAGCGGCGGCGGCGGUGGCGGCGGCGCUGGAGGCUAUGGUGGCAGCGUUGGCGGCUACGGCGGCGGUGGUGGGUUCAGCUCAUCUGGCGCCGGUGUUGGCGGUGGCGGCUACGGAGGCGGCGGCGGCGGUGGCGGCGGAGGAGGCGGUGGUGGAUACGGAAGCGGCGGCGGAAGCAGCGGCGGAUAUGGCGGCGGUUCAAUCGGCGGAGGUUCAAUCGGCGGUGGUUCAAUCGGCGGAGGCUACGGUUCCGGCGGCGCAGUCGCAAGUUCCGGCAGCUACGACGGCGCUGACUCAGACGAAAGUGAUUCUGGCGGUGGAUCCAAGAAAAAGGUCGCCAGUGCCAAAACGUCUUACGGAGCCCCAAAGAAAGCCAAAGCAACUAGUAACUCUUACGCCGCCCCUAAGACGCCCAAAAGCACCAAAGCCGCUCCCAGUCAGACAUACGGUGCUCCAGACCAGCCCCAGGGUGGGUAUGGGGCACCCAUUAGGUCCUACGGAGCACCCCAGAAAAAGAAGAAUAAGAAGAAGAAGAAGAAGGUUCAGGCCAAGGGAGGCGGCGGCGGCGGCGGUGGCAACACUGGAGGCUAUGGCGGAGGCGCCGUCGGAGGUGGAUACAGUGGUGGUGGCGGCGGAGGCGGCGGCGGCGGCGGCGGCGGAGGAGGAUAUGGCGGCUCUUCAGGUGGACUCGGAGGCGGAUAUGGUGCAGGAAUCUCUGAACUGGAAACUGAUCUGAUCCUUGCAAUCCCGCAAUUCGUAUCCAAAGGACAAGUCAGUGGUGGGUACUCUGCUCCUGCCCCAGCGCCAUCUGGCGGAUAUGGUGCCCCAGUUGCUCAGCCUAGUGGAGGUUACGGAGCUCCCGCAGCAGCGCCAUCUGGAGGCUAUGGCGCACCAGCAAUUGCUCAGCCCAGUGGAGGUUAUGGCGCACCUGCACAAGCGCCAUCUGGAGGCUAUGGCGCACCAGCAAUUGCUCAGCCCAGUGGAGGUUAUGGUGCACCAGCACCAGCACCAGCGCCAUCUGGAGGCUAUGGCGCCCCUGCUCAACCCUCUGGAGGAUAUGGUGCCCCUGCUGCUGUUUCCCAGCCCAGUGGUGGGUAUGGAGCGCCAUCUAUCAGCCAACCGUCUGGAGGAUACAGUGCCCCUGCUGCUCAACCAUCCGGUGGCUAUGGAGCGCCAUCUAUCAGCCAGCCAUCCGGAGGUUACGGGGCCCCAGCUGUUCAGCAGCAACCGUCAGGUGGAUAUGGAGCGCCAUCUAUCAGCCAACCGUCUGGAGGAUACGGCGCACCGGCACCUGCGCCAUCUAGCGGAUAUGGGUCCCCUGCGCCAUCUGGUGGCUACGGGGCUCCUUCCAACGGCUACGGACGCUAGAUAUAUACAUAAAAAAAAAAAAAGUUUAAAUCUAUAUAGCGUGAGGAAAGACACGAACAUUGACCAUCGCAAAAGAGACAAGUUUUUUUUUUAUAGCCAAUAAAACUUUCAGCUUGUUUUUUUUUUAUAUAUAGAAAUGAGGGGAAAAAAAGCACACACACAUGAGCUUGAUGGAAUCGGGGUCAACACUGUGCUUUUUACGGUAUCCGGCGUUCUUUUGAUGUAAAAGGAAAUAUUUCGGGUUUUCUCUUGCAUGCCAACAAAAUUACGCAUAUCACGAAAAAAUGCUGGAGCUGGCUGAAAGCAGUGUUGCCAAUAUCUCACUUUGCAAACAAUUGCCAAUCUGUCUGUGCGAGAUGAAAAAAAACUUUUGUGGGCGGGAUGAGAUCAACAAACAAAAGUUGAUGACGAGUUCAUGAUUUAUCUCUGAUGAUUUCUCCGUAUGUGAACGAGAGAAGUUUUAUUUUUUUUUUUUACAUUUUCUUGCCCGUUGGCAACAAUGAAAUCGCGUGGUCUGCGGCAUUAUCCUGAGGAGCACUCGAUUUUUUUUUUUUAGUUUUGUUUAGAAUUUUGAAGUUUAUUUCCAAAAAAAAUGUUGCGGAUCAUUUUUUUCCACAUUCCCUGUCUGAUUUUUUAUUCUGCUGUUCUUGGGGCUGAAUAAAGCAUGAAAAACGAGGAUUUUUAGCAAAAGAA